AUGUUUUUCAAGACGUACGCCGCGCUGGCUCUAGCGACUGGAUUCGCCGCCGCAAAGCCCAUCUCGCGCCCUGCCCCGGAAAAGGCCAUGACCCCGCGCAACGUGCUCCUGGGCAACAACGGGCAAGCCUUCAACUUCAUCGACGGCUUCAACACCUUCAACAACCAGAACCAGGUCCUGCAGAUCCAGGAGAACAACCUGCAGCUCGUCAACAACGGCUUCCAGCAGCAGGUGGUGCAGCAGGCGCGCCAGGUGCUCGUGCUCAACCAGCAGAACUUUGGCUUCAACAGCGGCUUCAACAACCUGUUCCGCAAGGCCAACUUCAAGCGCCAGUUCCCCCAGGUCAGCACCGUCAUGCUCGUGGUGCAGGAGAUCCAGGUCUCGGUCGACAAUGGCUUCGGGCAGCGCGUCGAUCAGAAUGUGUUUGCGCAGAGCGUCGUCGUGGCGAAUAGGGGGUUCCCGGCCACGCAGACGGUGAUGGUGUUCGCCCAGGAAACGCUCAUCGCGCAGGACUUCUUCGCCGGCGGCAAAUUCGCAAACAUUGCCGGCUUCAACGGCGACCUCAACGCCUUCGACUUGAACAACAACGUCUUCAACAUCCCCGCCAAAGGUUUCAAUAACGGGAAAUUCAACCAGGGUUUUGACUUUAACAACAAUGGCAUCGCUGCUUUUCCCACGGCGACGGCAGAUAUCCAGCUCUUCGGUGCCAGGCCCACAUGGAGCUCCGUGGUCGAGGAUCCCGCGGCGACGUUGGGCGCGAUUUGGCAGGCGGAGUUGGACGACUUGAAUAAGGUUGAGUUUAAUGGGCAGGAUAAUGGGUUGAAUGGGCAGAUUUCGGCCGAGGAGAAGAAGGCGCUUGAUGAGCAGCUGAAGCAGCAGCAGGAGCAGGAGCAGAACGCUGAACAGGAGCAGCAGAAUGCUGAGCAAGAACAGCAGAAUGCUGAUCAGGAGCAGAAGCAGAACGAGGAGGAGCAGCAAAACGCUGAGCAGGAACAACAGAAAAACGAGGAGCAGCAAGCUGCCGCCGAGGGCGAUCAGCAGCAGCAGCAGCAGCAGCAGGCAUAA